AUGUCGACUUUAACUCCUGCCGAACAGGAAGAACAGAAGAAAAUAGUUGAGACCUUUCAGCGGUUGCGUGAACAGCAGCAAGAAAUUGCACAAGAAAUCACUCGAAUUGAAGAGGAAAAAAGGGAAUUCGGACGUGUAAUCGAACUUCUGAAGGAAUUAGAUGGAGAACAAAAGUGCUUCCGACUUAUUAGUGAUACUCUUGUUGAAUAUACGGUGACCGAUGUAAUACCCGUUUUGGAGAAGAAUCUUGCUAAUAUCGUGGAUCACUUCCAUCAUGCAUUUACUAUCCAUAUGCUGCUUUUAUCUUGA